AUGGCGCACAUUGUACCAAAUCUUUUGCUCACCCGAUUUCGUCAAAUGCCCUUUCCACCAGUAAUUCGACCGUCCGACAAGACCGAUGCAGACGAUGGAACCUACCAUCCGAGCCCCAUUGACAUUUUUGUCGUGCGUACCAUGCUCAUCCGCUCUGUGAAAUUGCCACCUGACUUGGUCGAUGCCAUUUUCGACUAUGCUGAAUACUGGGCUCGUUCUACCAACGCAAUCGACUACCGGGCAGAACAUCAAGAACUUCUGCGGAUUUGUGGUUCUACUAAGGUUGAAGAUGAAUUUCUGCUUCGUUCGUACCCAGUAGGGUUGACAGGAAUCGAAGGCCAGUACACCCUGUCCGAAAAGCUGGCCUAUGAUACUCAAGAGGCGACGCCCCUUCCCAGAGGGACGGAUUGCGAUGCCAAAUAUUUUGCAAAAUUAGCAAAAUACCCAACCCCUCGACUGCUCAACCCAGCGCGCAAAGUUGUCUUUAAGAUUAAAAGUCAUGAUCAAGGGUGGGUGAGUGGCAACGAAGGGAAGGGAACGUACAAGGAUGCAUGGACUUGGUUUGAAGCUGGAUUAGAAAAGUUUGACGCGGCACAAACAAGCGAUGCGCAGAAAACGCCCGAAUCAGAAAGUUCCGCUCUCCCUGUGCGCGCACUCCGACCGGUUUAUCCAAAAAUUGAGCGAUUGCCAAAGAGUGACGACGACGAAAACAAGGAGGACGAGGAUGAGAAUGAAAGUGAAGCCGAAGCGAAAUAUAAAUAUGUACAUCCUCUUAAGGCCCAGCCUGAAUGGGAAAUCCACCGGAACUUGAGGGCAGUAGGUGAUAUCCAAGAACACGUCGUCACCUGGUCAUAUUUGGAUGAUAUCAAGGCGGAAUCAGAUGCCGGCAAGGUGCUCGACGAUCAGGGACGUGGCCGGGCAACUGGUGACGGAUCAUUUGUUCGAAGCUUAGUCUUGGGCGAUGUCAUUACCGUCUGGGGCAAGGCGAGAUUUCCAGGAUGGGUGAACUGUGGGGAAACCGUGAAAGUUGAAGUUUACUGGGCUGUUUGA